CCACUUCAAGUUGCAAAAUCAGAAACGGCAAACAAGGCUGUCGGGAGAGGCAUUCAGGAGAGUAACACGCCGGACACGCACACGCAGGAGGCAGACACGCGCGCAAUCGCCCGGCACACGGCUCCCCACUCGCGCACACGCACACACGCACGGGCACAGGCACACGCGGUCCGGGCGCUACGAGCGCGGAGGAUGUGCAGGCAUAGAGGAAGCCGCGGCGCCGCCGAGGAGGAGGAGGAGGAAAAGGAGGAGGAGGUGGAGGAGGAGGAGGGGAAGGAAGAGGAGGAGGAGGAGGUCGCCGCUCGCCGCUCGCCGCCGCCGGGGCUCGGCCGCCGCCGCUCCCGCGGAGGCUGCUGUCGCCGCCGCUGUCGCCGCCGCUGUCGCCGCCGCCGGUGCCGGUGUGGGCUCUCGGGGAGGCGGGAGGUCGAGAGAGGAGCCGCUCGCCGGCGAUCAGAAUCUGAAAGAGGGAUUUAUCUUCCGCUUGCCAGUUGCAAAAGCCACUCCAGGGGUGUUAAUGAUGGAGAAGGAAACACGCGCUGCACGGAGGAGCAGGCGCCCGUACAUGCACACCCUUGCACACACACGCGGCCGAGUCCACACACAUAUUCAAAUCCCCAUAUGUUCCCAUCCCACUUCGGGCUAUUUCUGCAGCCUGUCCCUCGUCCCUCACCCCUCAUUCCUCACCUGACAUGUCCACCCGCGGCCCCGCAGGGCUCCACGCUUCUCGCGGGGGUUUCACCCCUACCCUUUAAUUUCAUUUUGGGGGUGUGUGAGCAGUCAGCAUCACCCCCUCCGCUGCCCUGCCCGCCGUGCGCUCCCCCUCGCUCCCCUCGCCCGGCUCUCCCGGUCUCUCCAGGAGCCCCACGCGGGAAGGGGACGCGGGGGUGUCGGUGCCCCCAGCCCCGCGCUCCCCUCCGCUCCCGGCCCGGCGAGCGGGAAUCGCUGGCUCCGGCUGCCAUCUAGCGGGCACGGAGCCGCGGCCCGGGGAGCCCGGCGAGCAGGGGCUCCGCGCCUGCCUGCAGCCCUGCACCCCACCCCCGGCUCCUGCCAAAAAAUGAAUGUCCCCUUUCCUAUUUCAAAUAGAAAACUGCACUGAGGAGAAGACCCUCUUCUUUUCAAUUUCUGUCUCUCUCACAAGCCGGCCUUAGAAGGCAGCUUCCCUUUUGUCAGGGAUCGGAAAUUUGCCUUGGGUUCGAAAGACUGCAUGUGACAAAGAAGAAGCGGAAUGUAAAAACUGAACAGCUCCCCUCCGCAAUAAAAAAUCCCACCAAAACUAACACCCCAGGCGCCUCUACUCGCCACCAUACCUUUCUCUUAGCUCCCAAUCAAGUUUAUGAUUAUGAUAAUCUAAUCAGAUUAGAAGGUGGAUGGAAAACCUGCAGAAGGAAAGUGAAUUAAUAGGUGACAGAAAUUUUAUUGUUAUUAUUUAGUUUUGUAAAGUGAUGCUGAUUAAUUAAAAGUAAAGAGAAAAAAAUAAGCGCCUCAAAUUUGACGCAUAGUGAUCAUGAUAUUUUUUUCUUUCCCUGUCGACUCUGAAAUCUGAGGCUGGGAGCCGCCUGAAGAAAAGAUUCCUUCAUCAUUUCUAAGAUCAGAAUAAACGCUUGAUUUUGUCCCGAAAUAAUGAAGAGAUUUUCAAUGAGCCCCUUGCCCAAGCCGUCUCUGUUGUAUAUUGCAUUGAUAAAAAGGAUGUUAUUGACUAUGCAACAGUAGGCUUCUUUCCUCUCUCUCGCUCUUUCCAAAUAAAGUCUCCGUCCUGUCUCUUGA